AUGGUCUUUCGUCACACACAAAGGGCGCCUGCCGAAGCUGCUAUACCCUUCCGUUUCAGCACAGUAAUCUCCUUCUUCUUGCCCGCCCUGGUUCUCGACCUUCCAGGAUUCUUCAUCGUUGAAGGUGCCCUCCGUAUGAGAGGUCUUUCUAUGCGGAGAACUCGGAAGGAGUCCUUCAGCAAUCUCUUCCUGAUGGCUUCUGCUCUCAGUCUCCAGUAUGGGUUUUGUAAACAGGGAGAAAGUAGACUGGGCGUUCUUACCAAUCGAUACUGCGAGUAUCUGGACAGUCCCAUCCUCUUACAGUUGCCAGUGGUAUUGACCAUGUUCUUACUGUAUGGUCUAUCAUGGCUGUUGCAGAGGAUACUAGGCCGACGUCAUGGGUUUGUCGCUGCCGGACCGGUCCUGGCUAAGUAUCAUCAAGCGGAAGAGGAGGCCGAGAAACGCCGAGGUCCGGAUCCGAAGCUACGAAAGGCUAUGGUCUCUUGGUACAGCCUCUUCAUGACUACCUACAUUCCCCAGGUGACAGUCAUGUUGAAAGUCUUCAUGGGUCGGUUCGAUGUGAGGACGCUCUUGGCCGCCCUCACCCGUGAGCCGGAGGGGACAGUCACUUUCGAGGACCAAUCCGAUAAAGAGGAGACCUGGUUUGAUUUCUUCGCAGAUGGUGGUGACGGUUUCGAUUCUAGUUAUACGGUUGGACGCUUGAUAGCUCAGCCGUACCUGGGGGUUGAUGUACCCAAGGAUGACCAUGUAGCUGAGAAGGUGAGUAAGCUCACUAUCAGCGGUAUGAGAAGCAUGGCUAGCUCGGGUGAAGGUAACAGCUCUGAGUCCCUCACACUGCAACGACAUAACUCGAUACCUUUACUUGGGCAUGUUGGGAAUCGUGCCUUGAAAGAGUUCCGUCAUCCGAUAGUGCUACUGGCCACCGACUGUCACCUGGUCUUCCAUGGUGGAGACCUCGCCUAUCCGGUACCGAGUCAUGAAGCUUUCGUUGACCGACUAAUACGUCCACCCGAAUGGGCACUGCCUCCUUAUCGAGAGGCCCCCACUGGGGUGUCCAAGGCCUCGGCCGUCGCUGAUCAGCCACAGUUCUUCGCCAUUCCAGGCAAUCAUGACUGGUACGAUGGUCUGGAGGUCUAUCUACAUUGGUUGGUGGGCCAAGACCAUCUAGCUGGGUGGAAGGUCCCUCAGAAGAGCACGUACUUUGCUGUGAAGCUAUCCCAUGGGUGGUGGAUAUGGGGCCUGGAUCUCAGUCUGUCCUAUGAUCUAGACCGUCCACAAUACGAGUAUUUCUGUGGCCUUCUGGACUCCGGCAAGGUCGACACUGAAGACCGCGUGGUCGUCAUCACCCAUAGACCAAAUUGGGACCCAUGUGGCGUCCCCUCUCAGAGAACUGGCUACUUGGUCAGCGUCCUACUGGAUAAGAUCGGGGAGCCUCGUUUAGGCAUGCGGCUAGCAGGGGACACUCAUCACUAUUCUCGAUACAUGCCUGCUGUACUACCACAUCCUACUCUUGGUGGAGCCGGUGCCUUCUUACAUCCUACCCACUUCCCUCCGAAAGACAUAUUAUGCAAAGAAUCGGUCGACAAGCGAAUCGCCAAGCUCAAUGCUAACGAGUUCGCCUAUGCUGCUACAGGAUCUGGCCAGAAGAUUCCUACGGCUCUCUCAGAGCCUCUCGGAACAGGGCAAUAA